AUGGCGGUGUCCCCGGGGGUAGACAAUGACCGGAGGGAUCUGGAUAUGAACAGCAAAGAUGUUGAUGCUGAGAAGAUGACUCGUUUCAUUCAGAUGAACAAGCUCCACCUGGUGACAGAGUACAACCCUGUGACAGCAAUAGGUGUGAUGCAGAGUGCGCUCCAGCUUCACCUCCUCCUGAUCACAGACAAGAUGUCCCCAAAGCAUCCCGAGCGAAUGCGCAGGUACCGGGCAGCAGCAGAGCUCUUCAAGGGGAAGAUUCUCUUUAUCCUGGUGGACAGCAAUUUGAAGAGCAAUGAACGAAUAGUGUCAUUCUUCAAACUGAAGAAGUCCCAGCUACCAGCUCUGGCUAUAUUCCAUGCACCAGAUGAGGAGCAGGAUGUAUUGACUCUGGAUGAAGUCUCUGUUGACCAUGUACAGGACUUCUGUAAUCGUUUCUUACAAAGAAUGCAGAAGAAAGAAGAUGAACCUGAGGAGAAGGCCCUCAAUGAGGAACUUUGA